AUGACCCGGGGUGAUUACACCAAGUACAUCGAUGAUGCAAGCCGCGCCAUUGUCGCGUGGGAUCUCGUUUGGAACGGACUCAAAUGCUCCCAGCAUCUGAAGUCAUGUCUCAAGAUGAUGGAGAAGUAUCUUCGUCUUUAUGUCAAUGCCUUCGCCUUUCAAGCUGUUCUCUAUCGGGCAUCGGCAUCCGGCACGCAAGAAGUCACAAAGUCGGCAUGCUUCCCGCACUCAGCUAUGGCUAGUCCCGAUGCUCGUCAUGUUUAUGAGGCUGUAGACGCUGCCGAAGCUCUAUUGAGGAUUGCCAUUGAAGAUAUUGAUGCCGAGAAAUAUCUGCGGUUCAUGCCCGCUCGGUUCUACCUUUAG